AUGAAGGGAUACAAGUAUAGUUUAUCAGUACUAUCGUUGCUUUACCUAUUAACUAACUAUGCGAAGGCAAUGGAAAAUCCAAUGAAAUAUACGGACAUGAAAGGUCUUGAGGAUUUAAGCACUUUAAGUGAUGUUCAAAUAAAUGACAUUUUUGGAUUGACUGGUGAUGAAGUAAAAGAUAGAUUAACAAAAUUGUUUGGUGUAAUUGACAAAAACCAAGAUAAAGUACUUAGUGAUGAUGAAAUAACUGCAUGGUUUGAAUAUGUUAAAAACGAAGUAUUUUUAAAACAAGUACAAAUUGAAAUGAAACAAAUAGAUUCAGAUAAAGAUGGUUUUAUUUCAUUACCUGAAUUAAAUGAUGCAUUUUCACAAAAUUUAGAUCCAAAAGAAGUUGAAAAACAUGCAGACGGUUUAUUAAAAAGAUUUCAAAUCGUUGAUAAAGAUAAAGAUAAUAAAUUAAAUAUAAAUGAAGUUGGAUUGUUAAUAGAUCCAAUGAAAGAUAACGAUUUAAAAGAAUUAGAAAUUAAUGAAAUUUUAGAACACCAUGAUACAAAUAAAGAUGGAAAAAUAUCAAUUGAUGAAUUUAAAGAAACAAGAUCUGAUGAUAUAAAUAUGAAAAAAGAUGAUGAAUUAGCAUUAGAUGAUUUUAAUUUCUUUGAUGCAAAUAGAGAUGGAUUUAUAGACAGAGAAGAAAUUGUUAAAGUAUAUUUUGAUCCAUCUAAUGAUGCUGCUUCUGUAGGUUUAAAUGAUGUCAAAGAUAAUAUUUUUGAAGGAAAACCAAUUACAUUUGAUUUAUGGAAUGAAAAGGCAUUAAAAUUUGCAGUAACAUCUUUAACUGAUUAUGGUGAUGUUAUUAGAUACCCUCAAGAUUUUAAAUUAGAUAUUGGUAAAAAUGUUAUAUUGCCAUCAUCAAAAAAUAGAAUGGGUGAUGAUAGCUUAAACCCUGAUAAUGAUUUAUCUGAUGAUAAAGAUAGCGAUGAUGAAUCUUCUGAUGGAUCAGACAAACAAAACAUCACCGAUGAAUUAUAA